AUGGCGGCGACCAAAUGAGAAUUUCCUACAUUGGGUGUACUUUUCUUAUCAUUUUCAUGGUUUACUGUUGACCAGGGGUAAACGAAUCCCCUUUGUUUGUGAAGGUGGGUGUCGUGUCCGCUGCCUUGUGCAUGAGCUGCCCCCGUAAUGCCCGCGUUGCUCGGCUAAGGAGGGUAUCUUUUCGGUGGGGAAUAAACCAUGGGGGCUCAGCAGGGCAAGGAAUCCAGAUCAAGUUCCGGAAAGUCCAAAAAGACAAAAGAGCCUCGGGUACCCUCUGGGAAUAUAUUUGCUGAGCACACUGGCUCUCUCCGGAUACACACAGAACACGGUCCAGAUGGCAUGAUAAAGAUUUCAGAGGCAUUGCUACAAAACCGGCCGCUCCCAGACGCCCCGCUUGACUCCCUAGGGGCAAAAUGGAUGUCCAAGGAGAACUUGCUGCUCAGUCAAAAUGAGGAGGACCCUAACUUGUUUGUGGCCCUCUAUGAUUUCCAGUCAGGGGGAGAGAACCAGCUUAGUAUUGUCAAGGGUGAGCAGAUGACAAUCCUGGGAUACAACCGUGGUGGGGAAUGGUGUGAGGUGAAGAACAAAGCCCAGGAAAUGGGUUGGGUGCCCAGUAACUACAUUGCUCCCGUCAACAGUCUGGACAAGUUCUCCUGGUACCACGGCCAGAUCUCACGCAAUGCCUCCGAGUACCUCCUCAGCAGUGGUAUCAACGGUAGCUUCCUGGUGAGAGAGAGCGAGAGCAGUCCAGGGCAGAGGUCGAUCUCUGUCAGGUAUGAGGGACGUGUCUAUCACUAUCGCAUCAGUGAGGACUCCGAAGGAAAGGUUUAUGUGACGGCAGAACAUAGAUUUAACACACUAGCUGAACUGGUUCAUCAUCACUCAAUCCACGCUGACGGCCUCAUCACAACCCUGCUGUAUCCCGCCCCCAAGAGAAAUAAGCCCACGGUGUUUGGCUUCAGCCCUGAACCAGAUCGCUGGGAAAUAGAGCGUACAGAGAUUGCUAUGAAGCACAGGCUAGGUGGAGGUCAGUAUGGAGAUGUGUAUGAGGCUGUGUGGAAGAGAUAUAACAAAACAGUGGCAGUUAAAACAUUAAAGGAAGACACGAUGGCAUUGAAAGACUUCUUAGAAGAGGCAGCUAUAAUGAAGGAGAUGAAGCACCCCAAUCUAGUCCAAUUGUUAGGUGUUUGUACGAGAGAGCCUCCAUUUUAUAUUUUAACGGAGUUUAUGACUCAUGGGAAUUUACUGGAUUUCUUGCGCACGAGUAACAAAGAGGAGUUAGGUCCAACUGUACUCAUGUACAUGGCCACACAGAUUGCCUCGGGCAUGGCUUACCUGGAGGCUAAGAUGUAUAUACACAGAGAUUUGGCUGCGCGGAACUGUCUGGUGGGGGAGAACCAUCUGGUGAAAGUGGCAGACUUCGGGCUGGCGCGACUAAUGAAGGACGACACCUACACGGCGCAUGCUGGGGCCAAGUUCCCCAUCAAGUGGACGGCACCAGAAGGACUUGCCUACAACCGCUUCUCCACCAGAUCGGAUGUCUGGGCAUUUGGUGUCCUCCUCUGGGAGCUGGCCACAUUUGGGAUGUCCCCAUACCCAGGGGUUGACCUGACGGAGGUGUAUCACCUGUUAGAGAGAGGGUACCGAAUGGAGAGGCCCGCGGGGUGCCCGGCUAAUGUAUACAACCUCAUGCUGAGAUGCUGGCAGUGGGACCUCAAAGAUAGGCCAACGUUCAAGGAAAUCCAUUACCAGUUAGAGAACAUGUUCCAGAACUCCAGCAUCAGUGAAGAGGUGGAGAAGGAACUUGAGAAAUCAAGUGAGAAGCGUCGUCCGCCAAACCUACCGUCCAAAAAGACGGGACGAGGCCAUAGCUUUGAAAGUGCUGAUGUGAGCGGAGAUGGGAGGAGUAGUGCUGGUCCAACUCCCCCAUCUUCUAGACGUGCCUUGCCAAUUCACGAAGACACUGAUUCUGUGCUAAGGCAAACCGCAGAUGUUUUAAAUCGCAAAUCUUCUAAAAAGAAAGCACCAACGCCGCCUAGAAGAACAACAUCCUUUAAGGACCAGCAUAGCUCAUGCCCUGAAAACCAGGACAUAGACUCUGAGCUUAAGAGCAAAAUUAAGAUGCAAAAAGUGAAAAUAGAGAGCAGGCCGUUGGCAGAGGAUGAAAGUGAAAAUCAUCAUCACCAUCAUGAUGCCAACGAUCACGAACAGGACUCGCUGACGACAGAAUUAGGUCAAGUCUUGAAAAAUAGGUUACAUGGUGGUUCCAGGAAGAUGUCUGGUUCACCAAAGCACCACCGUUACGCUGGUGAUAUAAGGGCACAAGAUGAUAGUGGGUAUUCAAGGAGCAGCAUGGAGAGUAUAGAGAGAAACAGGGGCGGAUCUGUGGCGGACACGGGUCUCAGGACAUUCGAAUCCUGCCCUGAGCGCAGUAGCGGCAGAAGGAACUUUCAUAUGCAUCCUGUACCAAGUGCUAGGUUUCUUGGUAAGGAGUCCAAAUCUGACCGCGUGAAGGUGGACAAAGAGACGAGCACCAGUGAAGAAAGUAUUGACAAGCAGCAGGGGAUAGGUGGGAAGUACCCCCGGGUACCGCUGCCUUUCCCACACAAAUCUGUGAGCUUAAAGAAAGCAAAGACUUUCCCUGACGCCGAGAACGGCGCAGAAAGACUUCUGGACAGUCCUCGCUUAGCCACUCUGGACAUGACCAAUGUGAAACAAGCAAUAAAUAGAUACGGGACCAUCCCUAAGGGUGCUCGCAUCGGGGCUUAUCUAGCAUCCAUGACGGAGAGUCACGAGGAUGACUUAGGGCGCGAUAAGCACCCAGAGGAGGUGGAUUCUGGCACGGACACUGCCAGUAUCUCCUCUUGCCCUCCUAUACAUAUUCCAGAUCACAAUACCCAGACUGAAACCGCUGCUGCUGCUGCGGCAGAGCAGGACAAAUCCGACAGGACAGGAGCAGGAGAUGAAAAGGGUAUCACUCUCGAGCCAAAUCUAAAACCGUCAGCUUUUGCGAGGUCUCAGUCUAGCCACGGUUUGUCGGAGAUUGCCAAACCGGCGUAUUCGGGCGUGUUACAGCGUCACAAGUCAGACCUCACCCAGAGCAAGUCCAGCCCUACCGGCCAGAAGGGAGAGCUGUCUACCUUUAGGGGAGAAGGGAACAACUCAAAACAGUGGAUUGGCGAGUCUGCGGACGAGGGUCAUCAGAAGACUGCCAUGGCGGACACGGUUAGCGAGUCGAGACCCAAGCCAAGCCCGAGGAUGAGUAGAUCACAUCUAGAGAAUACGGAGGUGGAGAAGGUGCAGUUGAUGGAACAUCAAGUCAUCCUGAAGCACUUUCCUCCCCGCCAUCCUUCCACUUCUUCAGAGGAGCCCAACAUGGAAACCAAGAGCUUGUCCUCCAGCGACAACACACCUGAGAGGCUCGGUGGCAAGUCGGUGUUUCCCCCGCACCUGAAGACCAGCCAUGGCAUCCUCCCGCCCCCGCCGCAACGCGGCAUGGAGAACAACACCAAUAAUACCGAGUCACAUGCAGGCGAGUCUGUGAUAAAAUCAAGCAAGGUUCAACAAGCGAACGAUACGAAGUUCCCACCGCCGAGACCGCCUUGGCCCCCCAAGCAAGACGCUUCUGAGCUGGAUGGCCAAAACCAGCAGUCCAGCGCGGAGCAACACGGGAACAAAGAGGAAGACAUUUCCAAAUUGCCCUUCAAACUGAAGUCUGUUGGCAAUCACGCGACCACGGAAGCCUCUCCCAGCAUUACCGCGCCUCCUGGUGCCGACGUAGGCAAGAAACCGUCUCGAUUUUCCAAGGAAGGCAAGUUGGACUCGCCGACGUCGGCAGAGUCACCGCCAAUCAAGGCGUCUCCGACAAACGCCAAACCUGGUGGGCGCGAACAAGCCAUUUAUACACCGGUGAUCCCUCUGCAAAAGAAUGCCCUGGCCAGUCUGCCCAAUUCGACGACAGAUGGCGCUGGCAACGGUACUAGUCAUGUGAUAUCCGGUGCCACGAACUCAGAGUCUGAAACCGACGAACUGUCCAAAGAGGUUAUAGUGGAGGCUUCAGAUCAGCUGAAAUCCUAUAUCGAAUCUCUUGCCACGAAAGGUGCAAAGACAAGCACGAAUUUCAUGCUGCUUUCUGAACAGGUGCAAUCGUUUUACAACCUCUGUUCCCAGUUUAUUGACACUUUGCCGCCUCAUGCAAAAUUCCACACUCGUGAACUGCUGUCUCGCUUGCAGUCAUACGGUCAGAACUUAAAGACUUUCUCUACGAGUAACCCUUCGAGUGGUACGAAACUGUUAGACGACAUACAGAGUACUAAUCAAGAGGUUUUACACGUGCUGCAGAGGUAGUCUGGAGCCCUAACUGUGCAUACAUAUACCCACAUAUAAUAACUAUUAUUAUUUGAUGUCCAACGUUGCGUUUUGUGAUUUACUUAUUAUUAUUAUGUUCUCUUUUUACCAUGGGGUUUGUCGUCACUUUCAGUUGCAAUACGUGUAUAGCUGUCCAUUGGAAUGUUAACGUACGCGAGCUCUCUGCCUGAACAAGCUGAAGGUGUGAGACCAGCUCAGUGCCUGAACCAGCUGAAGGUGUGAGAAUAUUCCUGCCGGGCAUCCCACUGAGUAGAGUGUACAAUAUAAAACUAAAGUGUCUUCUUUCUUAUUUCGAGCCGUUGCCAAACUGGGGGCACUACAACUCCAUCCGCAUGAUGUAAAUGUAGACCAUCUAAAUAUAUACAUAUAUAGAUACAUGUUAUAAAAGUUUCCAGUAUAG